GAGUGCCCUCUUGCAGGAGGACAGAGGGGGACUUCUAAAAAACCAAAAACCUCCCAGUCAUUCCUUCCCACAGCAUGACCUAUUCCUUUCUGUGCCUAGAGAGUCACAGUUUUUGUCCCUGUGUGAAAGAGGAGUCCAUUUUUUCUCUCCCCUAGUGCCGCUGGGAUGCCAGAUCGCGCCCCCGCCCCGUGGCUGCUAACUUAUCUUUUUUGGCAACCUCGGUGACACCUUGAUCAGUGGAUCCUUGAUGAGGACUUUUGAGGCCAGGGUGUAUUGGGGUGGCUUUAUGUGGGCAGUGCCAUUCCUCACUUGGGAAGGACGUCGGGAGCCUUUUGCAGGGAAGAGAUACUGGCCAUAUCAGGCGGAUGGAGUGGGGGAGUUCAAGAGGCAGCUGUUCUCAUGUGUUGUUUGGGAUCUCUUCCCCUUCAGAUUAUGCCAUGGGUUCUCAAACUUGGGGUUCCCAGAAGAUGUUGGACGACAGUUCCCCUCAUCUCCAGCCACGAUGGCCUUUGCCAUUGUGGCUGGGGAUGAUGGGAGUUGUAGUUGAACAUCAUCUGGGGACCCAAGUUUGAGGACCCCUGGAUUGUGCAGUUCUGGUGCUGGGAGGCCUUCAGCCUCCGCUCCCCACCGACAGAAUAGUACUUCCCACAGGUCUAGUGGAAACAGGUUAUUCUGUUUCUUUUUGCUAAUCCAUCAUCAUCAUCAUCAAUCCAAGGAUUUUUCAGGUGUCUGACCUGCUGCUGGACUCUUUAGAAGGAAAUCCCUGCUGUGUACGCCUACAAAGCAUGGACUUUUCUGCUUGGCAAAUAUAUUUGUUAACCCUGGCGUUUACGGAAGGAGAAGAUGAAAGAUAUCGAUCUGGGGAAAGAGUAUGUUAUACCAAGUCCUGGAUAUAGAAAUGUGAGAGAGAGAAGCAGCCUGAACCAACAUGAAGAAGAAGAGCAGAAGUACCAGCAAGAGAAGUACAAGCAGGUGGAAUUCCAAGAUGCAUUGGAAAUAGCUGCUCGUGCAGAAGGCCUUCCAUUGGAUGUCACAGCGAAGUCUUCCUUGGGAGUGUUGGAUGAGAGCCAUCACAAAGGGAAAUAUCACCAUGGCUUGAACUUGCUGAAACCCAUUCGAACUACUUCUAAACAUCCAUACCCAAUAGACAAUGCUGGACUUUUUUCCUAUAUGACUUUUUCUUGGCUCACCCCUCUGGCACGUCUAGCCUACAAGAAAGGUGAACUACUGACAGAAGAUGUAUGUACCUUGUCAACGCACGAGUGUUCAGAAGUUAACUGUAGAAGGUUAGAACGGUUGUGGCACCAAGAAUUGCAAGAACGUGGGCCAGAUGAAGCCUCUCUCAGAAGGGUUGUGUGGGUCUUUUGUCGCACCAGGCUCAUCAUUUCCAUAGUGUGCUUGAUGGUCACUCAACUUGCUGGCUUCUGUGGACCAGCAUUUGUUGUGAAACAUCUCCUUGAAUACACACAGCAAACGGAUCCCAACCUACAGUACAGCCUGUUGUUAGUUUUUGGCAUUUUAAUAACUGAAAUAGUGCGUUCCUGGUCCUUGGCUUUAACCUGGGCUUUAAAUUACCGCACUGGGGUCAGACUGCGAGGAGCUAUCCUGACCAUGGCCUUUAAGAAAAUACUCAAGCUGAAAAAUAUCAAGGAGAAGUCUUUGGGGGAGCUCAUUAACAUAUGUUCCAAUGAUGGACAGAGAAUGUUUGAGGCAGCGGCUGUUGGUAGCUUGUUGGCUGGAGGUCCUGUUGUUGCCAUCCUAGGCAUGGUUUAUAACGUUAUUAUUCUGGGACCAACAGGCUUCUUGGGAUCGGCAGUCUUCAUCCUCUUUUACCCAGCAAUGAUGUUUGCAUCUCGCCUCACUGCUUACUUCAGAAGACAAUGUGUAUCGGCAACUGAUGAGCGUGUUCAGAAGAUGAAUGAAGUUCUUACUUAUAUUAAGUUCAUUAAAAUGUAUGCUUGGGUCAAAGCCUUUUCCCAGAAUGUUCAAAAAAUUAGAGAGGAAGAACGCAAAAUCUUGGAGCGUGCUGGUUAUUUCCAGAGCAUCACUGUGGGAGUGGCCCCCAUAGUUGUGGUUAUUGCCAGUGUGGUAACCUUCUCUGUCCAUAUGAUCCUUGGCCAUGACCUGACAGCAGCUCAGGCUUUUACAGUGGUCACAGUAUUCAAUUCAAUGACCUUUGCUCUGAAAGUCACACCUUUUUCUGUGAAAUCUCUCUCUGAAGCAUCUGUGGCAGCUGACAGAUUUAAGAGUUUGUUUCUAAUGGAGGAGGUUCAUAUGGUAAAGAAAAAACCAGCCAGUCCUCACAUCGCCAUAGAGUUGAAAAAUGCCACUUUGGCAUGGGAAUCCUCCCAUGCUAGCGUCCAGAGCUCACCCAAGAUGACCCCUAAAAUGAAAAAAGACAAGAUGGCAAAAAGCAAGAAAGAGAAGAUGAAGGUGCAGCAGCGUGAGGGACAGCAGGCAAUGCUGGCUGAGCAGAAGGGCCACCUCUUACUGGACAGUGAUCCCCCAAGCCCUGAAGAAGAGAACAGUCGUGUCCACCUGACAAACGUCCGACUGCAGAGGGUUCUCUACAACGUUGACCUGGAAAUUGAAAAGGGGAAACUGGUUGGAAUUUGUGGCAGUGUGGGGAGUGGAAAAACUUCGCUCAUUUCAGCCAUUUUGGGACAGAUGACUCUGCUGGAAGGCAGCAUUUCUGUGGAUGGAACGUUUGCCUAUGUGGCCCAGCAGGCCUGGAUUCUCAAUGCUUUGCUUAGAGAUAACAUCCUCUUUGGGAAGGAGUUUGAUGAAGAAAGGUACAACACUGUGCUAAAUGACUGCUGCCUUCGACCUGAUCUGGCUAUCCUGCCUAAUGGGGACCUGACAGAGAUUGGUGAGCGAGGUGCAAACUUGAGUGGGGGACAGCGCCAGAGGAUCAGCCUUGCCCGCGCACUGUACAGUGACAAGAGCAUAUACAUCCUUGAUGACCCUCUCAGUGCUUUGGAUGCCCAUGUUGGAAACCACAUCUUCAACAGUGCAAUACGAAAGCAUCUGAGAUCAAAAACGGUCCUUUUUAUCACCCACCAGCUACAGUAUCUUGUGGAUUGUGAUGAAGUCGUCUUCAUGAAAGAGGGUUGUAUCACGGAGAGGGGAAGCCAUGAGGACCUGAUGAAUCUGAAUGGUGACUACGCAGCCAUCUUUAACAACCUGCAGCUGGGAGAUACUCCACACAUUGAGAUUAACCUGAAGAAGACCACCAACAGUUCAUUAAAAAAACACCAAGAUAAGGGCACCAAAUCAGGAUCUGUGAAGAAAGAGAAGGUGGUCAAGAAGGAAGAAGGUGCUUUAGGCCAGCUUGUGCAGAUGGAAGAGAAGGGUAAAGGUUCUGUCCCUUGGUCAGUUUAUGGCGUCUAUAUCCAGGCAGCAGGAGGCCCAGUUGCUUUUCUCAUCAUCAUGGCACUCUUUAUAUUGAAUGUGGGCAGCACUGCGUUCAGCAAUUGGUGGCUGAGUUACUGGAUCAAGCAAGGCAGUGGGAACACUACUUUGAUGCUGGGAAAUGAAACGGUUAUGAGCAACAGUAUGAAGGACAACCCUCACAUGCGUUACUAUGCCGGCAUCUAUGCACUGUCAAUGGGGGUCAUGCUGAUUCUGAAAGCUGUGCGUGGUGUCGUCUUUGUCAAGGGGACGUUGCGAGCCUCUUCUAGGCUCCAUGAUGAGCUCUUCCGACGGAUUCUCCGCAGCCCUAUGAAAUUUUUUGAUACCACACCUACUGGGCGGAUUCUCAAUAGAUUCUCUAAAGAUAUGGAUGAAGUUGAUGUCCGCCUGCCAUUUCAAGCUGAAGUGUUUAUACAGAACGUCAUCCUGGUGUUCUUUUGUGUGGGCAUGAUCGCUGGGGUCUUCCCGUGGUUCCUGAUGGCCGUUGGGCCCCUCAUUGUCCUUUUCACUAUCCUGCACGUUGUAUCCAGAGUCUUCAUUCGGGAACUGAAGCGCCUGGACAACAUCACACAGUCUCCAUUCCUUUCACACAUCACCUCAAGCAUACAGGGUCUUUCUACGAUCCAUGCCUACAAUAAAGGGCAGGAGUUCUUACAGAGGUACCAGAAAUUGCUGGAUGACAACCAGGCACCAUUCUACUUGUUCAGCUGUGCAAUGCGUUGGCUAGCUGUCAGACUGGACAUAGUCAGCAUUGCCCUCAUUACAACCACUGGCUUAAUGAUUGUCUUAAUGCACGGCCAGAUAUCUCCCGCCUAUGCCGGGCUAGCAAUCUCCUAUGCUGUUCAGCUAACAGGCUUAUUCCAGUUCACAGUCAGACUGGCUUCAGAGACAGAGGCCCGCUUUACCUCCGUGGAGAGAAUUGAUCACUAUAUCAAGACUCUUUCGCUGGAGGCUCCAGCUCGGAUUAAGAACAAAUCUCCCCCUCCAGACUGGCCCCAGGAAGGAGAAGUCCUUUUUGAAAAUGCAGAAAUGCGGUAUCGGGAGAACCUUCCCCUUGUUCUGAAAAAGGUUUCCUUCACCAUAAAACCCAAGGAGAAGAUUGGCAUUGUGGGGAGGACAGGGUCAGGGAAGUCCUCUCUAGGAAUGGCUCUCUUCCGCUUAGUUGAACUCUCAGGAGGCUGCAUUAAAAUUGAUGGAGUGAAAAUCAAUGACAUUGGCUUAGCGGAUCUUCGGAGCAAGCUCUCCAUAAUUCCUCAAGAGCCUGUGCUGUUUAGUGGUACGGUGAGAUCGAACUUGGAUCCUUUCACACAGUACACUGAAGAGCAAAUUUGGGAUGCUUUGGAAAGGACUCACAUGAAAGAAUGUAUUUCUCAGUUGCCCAUGAAACUUGAAUCUGAAGUGAUGGAAAAUGGUGAAAACUUCUCUGUUGGGGAGAGGCAGUUGCUUUGCAUUGCCAGAGCCUUGCUACGUCGUUGUAAGGUUUUGAUCUUGGAUGAGGCAACGGCCGCCAUGGAUACGGAGACUGAUUUGCUGAUUCAGGAGACUGUCAGAGAGGCAUUCGCAGACUGCACGAUGUUGACAAUUGCUCACCGCUUGCAUACAGUCCUGGGCUCCGAUCGGAUCAUGGUGCUGAUGCAAGGCCAGGUGGUGGAAUUUGACACUCCAUCAGCUCUCCUGUCGAAUGAGAACUCCCGCUUCUAUGCCAUUUUUGCUGCUGCAGAAAACAAGAUCGCUGUCAAGGGCUAGAAUUCAGGGCAGUGUCACUUUAAUUGGGAGGGUAAUGCUCCCUGCCUGUGGCAGGCACCUCCUCUUCCUCCUCCAUCUCCAUGUUCCCCAAGCAGAUUAUUGCCUUUCCACCUUCUUAAUUUUUAGCAUUGUGAGUAAAGAUUGACCUUUUAAAAAGAAAAAAAAGUACUGUAAAGAGGGUUCUUCACAGUUUUUAUUAUGGUAUUUAUUCCAUAUUCUUCUUACUAAUUUUUGCUAUUAAAUGCACUCUACAAAAUGGCUCAGGGAGCCAGGAUUAUAAAUGUAUCAAGAGGCCUAUAUUGAAGCUUUAUACAUGUAGCUAUAUCUCUAUACAGAAUUGUGUACAUAGCCUAUAUUUACAGUGGAAAUGUAAGCUGUUUAUUUUAUAUUAAAAUGAGCGCUGUGUUAAUACCAGUGCAUAUUCUUUUCUAUCA